UUUUUCAAAGUCUCACUGAAAGAUGACGUAGCGCUACGUUGUCGUUCGAUUAGAACGUCAUUACGUCAUUGCUUUAAAAGCUAGCGCGUGAUUCGACGUUGUCUUACAUCACGUCAUUGAGUCAUCUCUCAUCAGAUAGACGACUGACUUUGUAAUGUGACAUCAUCACAAAAUGGAUAAAAUUGUCUUUUACCUGACAGAUAUAUACAUUCUUAGCGUUUUUCAGCAAAGCAUCUUUAAAGACCUUAGAAGCAUUUUAAAGAUUCUGCAUUUUGACCACAAAGGAAAAAUGUCAAGCAGAAAAAUGAACAAAAUGAAAAGUGAUGAGCUGGUUGCUGAGCAUUCAGAACAGCAUCAGCUGGAGCCAGUGAUGGAGGAAACAGAGAACCUCCAGAAGACCAAGACGGCUUUAACAAAGUCUGUCAAACGCCUUCAAGCUCUGGGUUCUGAUUGUGACAAAGUUCACGCAGAAACCCAGAAGAAGAGGAAAAUAAACGAAAAUCUCACACUGGAGAUUCAAGAACUAAAGGAGGAAAUCAAACGUUUAAACAGAGAAGAAGAAAGACUUGAUUCUCUGAAAAACGAAAAGAUCUCCGUGCAGGAAGAAACCCUUCUUCUCCAGAGGAACAUGACUACUCUGAUACGUCAAGUCCUGAAUCUGCGGCAGCUCACCGCAGCGUCUAAACAGGAGUUUAAAAGUUUGGAAAAACGUCUCCAGGAACCAAACCAAUUAAAGGAAGACUUUUCCAAACUGUCGGAGGAGAAAUGUGUUUUGGAGAAACUGCACAAAGAUCUGGAGAGUCAAAUUUCAGAUUUGAAGGUCCAGAACUCAAAUGCAGAAGAGCGAUUCCUCCAAUAUGACAAAGAAAAGGAAGAGUCUGAUUUACUGAAGGAGAAAACAAAGAACCUUCAGCGAACAAAGACGGCUUUGACCAAGACUCUCCAAAACCUGAAAAACUGUGAAUCUGAGCGGCUGAAAAUCAAAGCAGAAACACAGAAAACUGUGGAGACAAAUUCAGAUCUCUCCUUGGAAGUUGAAAAACUGCAGGAGGAGAUCAAAGAUCUCAAGGACGUUCAAGACAGAUUGGAUAUUUUGAAAGAGGAAAACUUUGAAGCAAAGAGCAAAAAUGAGUUUCUUCUGCAAAAAACCAAAGUCCUGAAUCACGAAGUCCAGAAUCUGAAGCAGGAAACUUCCGCUCAUAGCCAGGAGCGUAAAGACCUGCAGAAACAUCUUGAGGAAAAAGACCACCUCGAGGAGAAGAUUUCCACUUUGCUUUGGGAAAAAUGCCAAUUGGAGCAAAACAAGAAGGAUCUGGAAAAUGACAUUUCAGAUCUGAAGUUUCAGAUGGAUGAGACACAAAAACGUCUCAGCAAAUAUAAAAAAGACAAAGCAGAAACAGAUUUACUGAAGGUAGAAACAACCGACCUUCAGAAAACAAAGACAGCUUUGACCGAGUCGCUCCAAAACCUGAAGGAUCAGGAAUCUGCAUGUCAGGAAAUGCAAACAGAAAGACAGCAAAGAGUGGAAGGAAAUUCGGACAUCGCCCUGGGAUUUGCAAAACUCCAGGAUGAUAUUGAAGAUCUUGAGGAUGUUCAGGCAAGAUUUCAUAGUUUAGUCUGCAAUCUGCAGCAGGACACCGCUCCUCGUAGCCAGAACCUCAAAGAUCUGCAGAAAAAGGACAAACGGAAAACAAAUGGUACCACAUUUAUGGAGGAAAAAUCCCAUUUGGAAAAAACUAAGAAGGAUCUUGAAAAUGAAAUUUCAGAUCUGAAGCAUGAUGAGGAGAGAGCACAGCGGCACCUCCUCAAAUAUGACAAAGAAAAGGCAGAAGCAGAUUUACUGAAGGAGGAAACAACCGACCUUCAGAAAAUGAAGACGGCUCUGACGGAGUCGGUCCAGAACCUGAAGGAUCAGGAAUCUGCAUGCCAGAAUAUGAAAAAAGAAACCCAGAAAAUCCGUCAAACUAAUUCGGAUCUACACCUGGAAGUUGAAAAACUGCAGGAGGAGAUCAAAGGUCUGGAGGAUCUUCAACAAAGAUUGGAUCCAGGCCGGAGACUGUCCUGGCUACUCUCGGGCGAAGGUGGGAUGCACCCUGGACAGGUAACCAGCCCGGCGCAGGGCCCAUGGGGCUGGAGCGAUAGAGCUCUCUAUGCAGGGUGA